CAAUGUUCGUUGUAUAGUUCAGAAAGCCAUCACGAUGCAACUUAGCUACGCUUACCCAAUCUUAUCACUGGUUCUCUUGAGCAUGGCUGAAAGAGGCGCCGCCUAUCGCCUGUAUUUGGAGCAACAGGCCAAAGAGUACAUAGAGCGAGUGAAUGCCACCUACAGAGGUCGCGUUUCAUCCUGGGGUCUCACAAGUACUUACGCCUACUGGCACCAACGGCAUCCACCUAAAGAACAUCCAGUGAAGGCUGAAGUGGACUGGAUAAGCUACUCUAAUUGCCGCGAACGAAUGUACACAGAAUUACGAACAACUGAUUGUAUUGGAGUUUUUGCUUGGUCUGCCUCUGCAGGCAUAACUUGUCCCUUCAGCCUUAAAGAGUACACGAUGCUUCCCGUCCAGUACAAAGGGCUGCCUGGAAGGAUGGUCGAAUUGGAGCUUAAUGGUCUCAACAUAACGACUAAAACGCUGGUGUGGGGCGAUCAGUCUAAUAGUAAGGAAGCAGUAUUCGUUGCGAUGUGCGAAUUCAGUGCGAAGAUAGAUUUUGAUGGCUUCUUUGCAUACUCCGUCACAAAUUCCAAGGAACACAACUUCAGAUUCAUUGCGGUGAACAUUACAGAGCUCGCAGACGAGACUAAAGGACUUGAAGCAAAGCGCGGGAAGUUGACGUAUGAGUUGAUGGGUGCAUACAGGGAGCUGAUAUGGUGUAGUAAUAACGAGAAAUAAAGAAAGGUAAACUAAACAAUGACA